AUGAAUGCUAUUCGUUCCUGUUGGCCUCAAUCAAACGUUCAUGCUUGCUUCUUUCACCUGACACAAAACAUUUAUCGACAAGUUCAACAAGCAGGUUUUACAACUAAAUAUGGGAACGAUGAAGAAUAUGCACACUCUGUCCGCAUGCUUCCGGCAUUAGCUUUUUUGGAAACCAAUGAUAUUUGUUCAACAUUUGAAGAUAUUGGUGGUCUACAAAUUCCAGAUCUCGAUCCACUUUACAAUUAUUUCGAAGAUAAUUACAUAGAUAAUCCUACAAAUGAUAAUACACAGAAAAUAAAAGCGAUUGCUCAUACAUUCAUCUUAUAA